CUUUAUGCUUUUAUUAAUCGUUGCUUUUGGUUGUGGAAGAAAUGUUUGUUUGACUCUUUUCAAUUUUUGAUCCACAAUUAUCCUUAUGCCAAGAAGGUCACUGGUUUAUAUAAAGAUCAGGGACACGCUCUAGCUAGUUAUUCCCAUAAACAAAUUAGAAAGAAACAAAUAAAAACAAAAACAAAAAAAUCUGAACAUGUCUCGUGAACUCAAAGUCUUGCAAAUGUUUCGUCUUAUGUUCUUUACUCUCUCAUUAUUUACGUACUGCUCCAACGGCAAACUGAUCCCAGAGGGAGCUGCAGUUCUCGACUCCAGCGGUUUCGCCGUUUUGACGAAUACCACGAAGCAUUCCUACGGUCGAGUUUUUAACGACUACCCCUUUAACCCGAACCAGAAUUUCAGCUUCAACUUCUUCUUCGCGAUCGUCCCUGAGCAUAACCAUCAAGGCUCACACGGUAUGGCUUUCGUUAUCUCUCCCACAAGAGGCCUCCCCGGAGCUUCCUCUGAUCAGUACUUAGGAAUAUUCAACGAGACAAACAACGGUAAAGCUUCUAACAACGUGAUAGCUAUCGAGUUAGAUAUACAUAAAGACGAGGAGUUUGGUGAUAUCGAUGAUAAUCAUGUUGGUAUUAACAUUAACGGUAUGAGAUCUGUUGUCUCUGCUUCAGCUGGUUACUAUGAUAGUAAUGAUGGAAGCUUUAAGAAUCUUUCUUUAAUCAGCGGAAAGGUAAUGAGGCUUGUACUCGUUUAUAGCCAACUAGAUAAACAGCUCAAUGUUACGUUAAGCCCUGCUGAGCUCUCUGUUCCGCCGCUGAAACCACUUUUGUCUUUAAACCGAGAUCUCUCACCGUAUUUUUCGGAUAGUAUGUACUUUGGGUUCACUGCAUCGACUGGAUACACGGGAGCACUUCAUUAUAUGUUGGUCAUGUUCGGCUCUGGCGACACCGGCAGUCUACAGUGGGAUCUUAACGCAAUCCCCAUCCUACCUCCUUAUCCGAAGAAAUCGUUCGACAGAACAAGAACGGUUUUAGCGGUCUGCUUAGCCGUAUCCGUAACCGCUGCGUUUAUGGCCUCGUGGAUCGGUUUCGUCUUUUACUUGAGGCACAAGAAAGUUCAAGGGGUUCUUGAGGAGUGGGAGAUUCAGUAUGGACCUCAUAGGUUUGCCUAUAAAGAGCUUUUCAAUGCCACAAAGGGUUUCAAGGAUAAAAAAAUUCUAGGAAGAGGAGGUUUUGGUCAAGUCUAUAGAGGAACACUUCCAGGUUCUGAUGCAGAGAUCGCUGUGAAACGGAUUUCACAUGGUUCAAGUCAAGGAAAGAGCGAAUUUCUAGCCGAGAUAUCGACCAUCGGUCGGCUUAGACAUCCGAAUCUAGUCAGACUUUUGGGGUAUUGUAGACAUAAAGAGGAUCUCUUCUUGGUUUAUGACUUCAUGCCCAAUGGAAGCCUUGACAAGUGUCUAAACCAUACCAACACGAAUGAGAAUCAAGAACGGCUCUCUUGGGAUCAACGUUUCAAGAUCAUCAAAGACGUUGCAUCUGCUUUGCUAUACUUGCAUCAAGAAUGGAUACAAAUCAUUAUUCACCGGGAUAUCAAACCGGCUAAUAUUCUCAUCGAUCACGAAAUGAAUGCGAGGCUAGGAGAUUUUGGAUUGGCUAAGCUGUAUGAUCAGGGGAUCGAUCCUAAGACAUCUAAAGUAGCGGGAACUUUCGGGUAUAUCGCACCAGAGUUUCUAAGGACAGGAAGAGCUACGACGAGCACUGAUGUUUAUGCCUUUGGGCUGGUUAUGCUUGAAGUCGUUUGCGGUAGAAGGCUGAUAGAGAGGAGACAAGCGAAGAACGAAGAAGUUCUUGUGGAUUGGAUACUAGAGCUCUGGGAAAACGGGAAAAUAUUUGAUGCGGUGGACGAAAGCAUCCGUCAAGAACAGAACAGGGGAGAGAUUGAGCUUGUUUUGAAGCUUGGUGUGUUGUGCUCGCAUCAAGCUGAAUCGAUUAGACCGGAUAUGGGUGCGGUUACGGGGCUCUUGAAUGGCGUUUUGCAGCUUCCGGAUAAUCUUCUUGACGUGGUAAGAGCUGAGAACUUGAGAGGACGGCAUGAGAUAUCAAUGGAAGUGCUACUUGAUAUAUAUUCAGUGAGUAGAUUGACGCUUACACGUUCAUCCACCUCUCUUAGACGCUGAAACCUGAAAAAG